GUUUAAAGUGCACUUCAUGUUUUUCACCGCAGGAGGCGGUGACGGUGGUCAACGUCCAUGCGCAUGCGCAGUGGCACUUCACACAACCGCAAUAAGCAAACAUGGCGGCGGCCGUCGACAGUGUUGUGAAAGUACUGGGAGAGCAGUAUUACAGAGAUGCUAUGGAGCAGUGUCAUAGUUACAACGCUCGUCUGUGCGCCGAGCGCAGCAUCCUGAUGCCUUUCCUGGAUUCUCAGACUGGUGUCGCCCAGUCCAACUGUUACAUCUGGAUGGAGAAGAGACACCGGAGUGCAGGUGUAGCUCCGGGGCAGCUGUACACUUACCCCGCCCGCCGCUGGAGAAAGAAACGGCGUUCUCAUCCACCGGAGGACCCUCGCUUGGCCUUCCCCCCUCUCAAAGCAGCAGAUUUGGAGCUGGGUCUGAAGCGCGAGGCUUUGGGGCCGGUGGAUGGCAGCAGUCUGGAGGCCCUUCUGAAGGGGGAGCCCCUCGACAGGAGAAGCGGCGUGUCGGACCUUCGAGGGCCAGAGGACGAUUCAGCAGCUGUGGAGCCUCCCGCCACCUCGGCCACCACUCAUUCGUCCUCUGGCCGCGUCCGCAAGAGAGUCCUGGACCACGACGACUACUUAGAUGAUCUGGAUGAUGACGACUUUGAGGAUGAGACCCCAAAAAGGCGAGGCAAGAGCAAGUCUAAGGGCCGCAGUGACAAGAACGGCAAGAAAAAGCAGGAGGCUGCGGCUGCAGCGCUGGAGGAGAGGGACAAACCGUACGCCUGCGACAUCUGUGGGAAGCGCUACAAGAACCGCCCUGGCCUGAGCUACCACUAUACACACUCUCACCUGGCCGAGGAGGAGGGCGAGGACCGCGAGGAGAUCGAGGCACCACCCACUCCUCGCCAGCCUGAGGAGCAGAAGACUACUAAGAAGGGUCCCAACGGACUGGCAAUGCCCAACGAUUACUGCGACUUCUGUCUGGGAGACUCCACUUUAAACCAGAAGACCGGCCAAUCAGAAGGGCUGGUGUCCUGCUCGGACUGUGGACGCUCAGGCCACCCGACAUGCUUGCAGUUCACACCAGUGAUGAUGGCUGCAGUGAAGACGUACCGCUGGCAGUGCAUAGAGUGCAAGUGCUGCAAUGUUUGCGGCACCUCAGAGAAUGAUGACCAACUGCUGUUCUGCGAUGACUGUGACCGGGGCUACCACAUGUACUGUCUAAGUCCCCCCAUGACCGAACCGCCUGAAGGGAGCUGGAGCUGCCACCUGUGCCUUCUUCUGCUGAAGGACAAAGCCUCCAUAUACCAGCAGAACCAGAGCUCCACCCCCGAGUGACAUCAUAUCAACAAGUCCUGCCCCCCCCCCCCGAUGUAAACAUCAGUCCUCCUCUCAGUCCAGAGCACCAGGCUCGGUCCAGAUUUAGCCGAGUCAGAUCGCGGAUCAGCGUUAGAAGUCUUAAUGUCAGUAGGGCGAUCAACGCAGGAAUCAAACUAUCACUACCAACCUGGCUGCUUCCCAUCAAACACGUACACAUUGUGAGUAUACACAGUAUAGACACACACUCUUCUGGACUGUUACACACACUAGAUACAGAGAGCAUGCAGUAACCAUGGUAACCAGUCUCCAUGGGAGCAAACAGGUUAGCCUCACAGCUAAUUAUCUCCACGCACACUCAGACACACUCAGACACAGUGUGGACGGGCGAGACAACACUCAUUUUUUUCUUCUUCUGCCAAAUUAUCUAUUUUUACUCCCUGAUUGUGGGAGAAAGAAAAAAAUCACCACUUAUACGGUCAAGGAAUAUUAUUAUUACUACUAUUGUUAUUGUUCUGGUUACUAGUGGACUUUUGUAGUGACAUUUGUCUGUGUACUUUUGUCUGAUCCAUCGGAGCAUCAAUCGUUUAUCGCGGUGUCCCCGAAGGGACCGGGUUGGUGCCAAGGUCCUCCAUCAUAAGAAAUACACACAACAAAUACCAAUGGAGUUUAUCAAAACCGUGCCGACCAUCUUCAUCUUGGGACAAUAGUACUUUUUUUUUUUUUUUAAGUCUUAAUGUUUUUUCCUAAACAAAGAAACUUUGACUUUGACCCGUUAAGCUGUUAGCACAAAAUCUUUGGCCUUGCUUCUUUUAGAGUUCAACCAACACCAACUUUUCCUCUUUUUGUGAGUUACUUUCACCGAAACACUUUUACUACAAAGCAUAAUAAUGUUUGACUUGGACUCACAGAAACAUUUAGUGAAGCACCCUCUUCAAUAUCAUUUCUCCAUCAGACAGCUCACAUUCUCCUAUUUUGAAAAACGUGGCUUUUAAUGAGUCCGAUAGUUGUUUUUUGUUGAGGAAACUGACCAAUACGUGGAACUGGUAAUCAUAAAGAUGCAUCCUUUUCUCACUAACUUUUGAGAAACUGUUUUGCAGUGACAUCACCCAUCACAAGUCGCCAUCUGCUGUUAAACUGAUGACAGGAUCAUUUGUAGAUUUUAGCUGCUUUUAUCAUUUGUCACACUGAGGCGGAUUUGCAUGCAGAUUGCACCUGUACGACUGCACACACACACACACACACACACCACAAAGGUUUUGGGUUUGUUUUGUGCUUUUUUUUACAUUUUAUAUUACCUGAUAUUCCAUUGGUAUUGGGAGUUUUUUCUAGUAGAAUUUUGUAAAGUCUAUGGCAUAGCAAACACUUCAAUAUAGCUCCUAAUGCAUUCUAUGUACUGUAUUGACUUUUUCUAUUUUUGUUAUGACUGUGACAUGUUUGAAUUUAUUUGAUUAUUCUGAUAUGUCAAACCUCCAUUAUGAGUAUUUGUAAAAUGAUGUACUUUGUUGUACUAUUUUUAUUUUUUACAUUUAUUUGGUAUCAAAGCCGAUUUAGCCUGACUGAAAUAAAAUCACUUUUAAAUAAAUGCUCAUUGUGACAAAGUG